AUUUCGUGCUUAGUUUUCAAUUUUGGGGUUCUUGUUGAUCGCCUUAUGCCUUUCUGGAGUAAAAUUGUGCUGAUAUUUACAUUGUUUGGACUCCGAAGUUUGUUAUCUCCCUGAUUUAAGAAAAGGACACGAUGUUUUGGAAUAUUUAUCUUCUUUUAACGACGUACCUUGCUUUACCCAGUUGAUCCAAAAGGACGCGUGUAUUAUGAUUUUGUUUUCUUCUUCUUCAUUUGGUCUCUCUCUCUCUCUCUCUCUCUUAAUAAUGAAUGUGUAUUUGGUGGGUCUCAUGUUUUCUUCUUUUUUCUCUUUUUGUGAUUCAAUGGCCUAGGAAUUAGUAGUAUCAGUAAUUGCAUACUCAACUUAUAGUUACUGGAAGUUUAACUAUUCUGUCUCUCUGUCUCUUCCCAUGUUUGAACAAAUUGCUAGACUGUGGUUGAUAUUGCUGCCGGAUUUGUAGUGUUUCUAAUUUUGCGGAUGUGGACCAUACCUGAACAUAAAGCCAUGGCACGAACAACGUCCAUAGAAGCAGAAGAAUUGAAAUUAGUUUCAGGGGGUUGUGACCUAAAAACUCAGUUACAACAGAAUGAAGUCAAUUUUUCAUCUAAAGACAUUUUUGGCAAAGUUUUUAAGACACAUAACGCUAUACACACAUUAGAUAAGACAAUUUCUAAUUUAGGGAUGGAAUUAGCUGCUGCCAAGUCAGUACAAGAAUCAGUUCAAAGAAGUUCACCUUUAUCAGAAGAUUCAAAGCAGACAGAUACAUCUGGAAGAAGAAAGUAUUUAAUGGUUAUAGGAAUCAAUACUGCCUUUAGCAGCAGGAAAAGAAGAGAUUCUAUUCGGGCUACCUGGAUGCCUCAAGGUGAAAAAAGAAAGAAGUUGGAGGAAGAGAAGGGCAUCAUAAUUCGCUUUGUGAUUGGCCAUAGUGCCACAUCAGGAGGUAUUCUUGACAGAGCAAUUGAAGCAGAAGAUAAAAAGCAUGGAGAUCUCCUUAGGCUGGAUCAUGUUGAAGGUUACCUGGAAUUAUCAGCAAAAACUAAGACAUACUUUGUAACAGCUGUUUCUCUAUGGGAUGCAGACUUUUAUGUUAAAGUCGAUGACGAUGUUCAUGUAAAUAUUGGAACGCUCGGUGAGACAUUAGCCAGGCAUCGAUCCAAACCACGAGUUUACAUUGGAUGCAUGAAAUCUGGCCCCGUCCUUUCGCAAAGGGGAGUGAGAUACCACGAGCCAGAACAUUGGAAAUUCGGAGAAGCUGGAAAUAAGUAUUUCCGUCAUGCAACAGGACAACUAUACGCCAUCUCAAAUGAUUUGGCUACUUACAUUUCAAUAAACCAGCAUAUUUUACACAAGUACGCUAAUGAGGAUGUCUCCUUGGGUUCCUGGAUUAUUGGACUUGAUGUCGAACAUAUCGAUGAUCGGCGACUUUGCUGUGGUACUCCACCUGAUUGCGAGUGGAAGGCUCAGGCAGGGAACAUUUGCAUUGCUUCAUUCGACUGGAGUUGCAGUGGGAUAUGCAAGUCUGCUGAAAGGAUUAAAGAAGUCCAUCGACGGUGUGGAGAAGGCGAGAAUGUACUAUGGAGUGCCACUUUCUGAGUUACUGCUUGAGACUUCUUCCAUACUCGGGAACAAUGAUGAUUGAUGAGUUUGUUCACUGUUAUCUUUGAUAGAAGCUUUCUAAUCUUGUAACGAUACAGAGAUUUAACUAAUAGAGAAAGAGUUUGCUGCACGAGCCGCCUCCAAUUUUGCCGAGGGUCGGGUGAUUCAGCAACUUAAAAGAAAAGAGAGAAAAAAAAGCAAACAAAUUCUUUGUGGCUAUGAGGGGUAAUGUGUAAGUUAAUAGUUCCCUACUGUCAUGAAAGACAUGAAAAUAAAUAGAUACUCCAUGGCUUUUCUUGAUCCCUUCACUACCUCUUUUAUUGUGAGAAAGAAUACAAGUCGACAGAAUUCUUGCAUUUCA